CGCUACAUUUUCCGAUCUCAAAAACCAAAACCAAAUUCAAAAACCCAAAGCGUUCCUCGACACACAAACACAGCCCUUUUUGUUAUUUGUUAUUUGUUUUUGUUUCUCAGAUUGGCUCAGAUUGGCGCCGUCAAUCACAAAAUCGUUUAUGAAGCAGACCGCCAUCUGAAAUUUAUUUUUCCCAGGUAGACGAUCCCCAUGGCUGCUUCAGAAGAGAAUGGUGCAUUGUUUCCGAUUUUCAUUUUAACAAUAAUGGCGCUGCCUUUAGUGCCCUAUACGAUAAUGAAGUUGUGCCGAGCUGCAUCUAAGAAUACUAAGGUCAUUCAUUGUCAGUGUGCACAAUGCUCUCGUUCGGGGAAGUACCGCACAUCGAUAUUUAUGCGGAUCUCAAACUUCUCAACGUGUAGUAACCUGACUCUGGUGCUGCUCUGGGUGGCCAUGAUAUUCCUUGUUUGUUACAUUAAAAACGUUAGCCAAGAGAUUCAAGUGUUUGAACCUUUCAGUAUACUAGGAUUGGAGCCUGGAGCUUCAGAUUCUGAAAUAAAGAAGGCAUAUAGGAGGCUUUCUGUUCAGUAUCAUCCAGAUAAAAAUCCAGAUCCAGAGGCUCACAAAUAUUUUGUGGAGUUCAUAGCCAAAGCUUAUCAGGCUCUCACAGACCCAAUAUCCCGUGAAAAUUUUGAGAAAUAUGGUCAUCCAGAUGGAAGACAAGGUUUUCAAAUGGGCGUUGCUCUUCCUCAGUUCUUACUAGACAUAGAUGGGGCAUCUGGUGGCAUACUUCUACUCUGGAUUGUUGGCAUUUGUAUUCUCUUGCCUUUGGUGGUUGCUGUCAUAUAUCUCUCAAGGUCAUCAAAAUAUACGGGAAACUAUGUCAUGCAUCAAACAUCUGCUUACUAUUACUUCAUGAAACCUUCUUUGGCCCCAAGCAAAGUUAUGGAAGUCUUCACUAAGGCUGCCGAAUAUGUGGAAAUUCCUGUUCGUAGGACUGAUGAUGAACCUCUCCAGAAGCUGUUCAUGUCCGUCAGGAGUGAGUUGAAUCUGGACCUUAAGAACAUUAAACAAGAGCAAGCUAAAUUCUGGAAACAACAUCCAGCUAUAGUGAAGACUGAAUUGUUGAUUCAAGCCCAAUUAACCCGUGAAUCAGCAUCCUUAUCUCCAGCCCUGCUUGCUGAUUUUAAGCGCAUGCUAGAACUUGCACCUCGUCUCCUUGAAGAAUUACUGAAGAUGGCAAUUGUCCCACGAACUGCUCAGGGUCAUGGAUGGCUUAGGCCAGCAGUAGGUGUUGUUGAGCUUUCUCAAUGUAUUAUUCAGGCUGUUCCACUAAGUGCAAGAAAGACAACAGGCGGAUCAUCGGAAGGCAUUGCAUCAUUCUUGCAGCUGCCUCAUUUUAGUGAAGCUGUCGUAAGAAAGAUAGCUCGCAAGAAGGUGAGAACGUUUCAAGAACUCCGAGACAUGACUGUUGAAGAUCGUGCUGAACUUUUAACUCAAGCAGCCGGAUUUUCUACCGAGGAAGUAAAAGAUGUUGCGAUGGUAUUGGAAAUGAUGCCUUCCUUAACAGUUGAAGUUACAUGUGAGACUGAGGGUGAAGAGGGUAUACAAGAGGGCGACAUCGUGACAGUUCAAGCUUGGAUAACACUCAAGCGCGGUAAUGGCUUGAUUGGCGCUCUUCCCCAUGCCCCCUAUUUCCCAUUCCACAAGGAAGAAAAUUUCUGGUUUUUGCUUGCGGAUGCCGCCUCAAACAAUAUGUGGUUUUCCCAAAAAGUGAGCUUCAUGGAUGAAGCUACUGCAAUAACUGCUGCUUCUAAAACUAUCGAGGAGACAAUGGAGGUUUCCGGAGCAAGUGGUAAGGAGACAAGUGAAGCGGUCAAAAAAGCCAUAGAGAAGGUGCGAGCUGGCUCCAGAUUGGUGAUGGGCAAAUUCCCGGCCCCGAUGGAAGGGAAUUACAGUUUGACUUGCUACUGUUUGUGCGACUCUUGGAUAGGUUGUGAUAAAAAGACGAACUUGAAGGUUAAAAUUCUGAAAAGAACUAGAGCCGGCACCCGUGGCGGUCAUGCAUCGGAAGAAGGACCUCUUGUGGAGGACGGAGUAGAAGAGGAAGAGGAGAAUGGAGAGGAGUAUGAUGAAGAUUACGAGAGCGAGUACAGUGAAGAUGAGGAUGAUGAGAAGGAUACGAAAAAAAAGGGAGGUGCAGCUAAUGGCACAGUGCCUAAGAAAGGCUCAAACUCUGAUGGUUCAGAUUCAGGUACGGAUGAGGAAUGAAGCAAACAAUUCUAUUUAUCAUUUAGAAGAAUAAGCCACUUCUCUUUUUCUGUAUAGAAAAAAAGUAGUGAAUAACUGAAGGACCAUGAAAAAGAUAGAUUCAUACUUUUGAUACUAUAAACGUGUGGGUUAACA